AUGGCGUUCCGACCCGAGGGCGUCGCUGGAUCAUUUCGCAUCGUUGGUCGAUCUGGUGUGCCCCCCAUGAUUGCUGUUCUUUUGCCAAAUGGACAGGUUGCUUUUGCGGAUAAGGUUGAGAACUAUACAGAAUUGACAUUAGAUAACGGAAGAUAUGCGUAUUCUGCCGAUGGCGGAACAUUUUUGAGCGAUGGGCAGGUACUCUCAGUCGGAGGAAAUGGCCCGUUAAAAUGGAUGGACCCUACCGUUGACGACGGCUUCAAGGGAAUUCGUUAUUUGAAACGACAGUUUGAUGAUGACAGGUUCGACGGAGGAUCGUGGGUGGAGCCGGGUCACUUAUUGUCGACGAGCAGAUGGUACCCGAGUGUGCAAACCCUUGCUGAUGGCACGGUGUUUGUCGUCUCCGGCAGUUUAAAUGGAGACGAUCCGAGUAUCAUUCAAAACAAUAACCCAACAUAUGAACUCCUUGACAAGUACGGGCUUCCCUACGGAGUCAGCCACGAACUUCCAAUCCUCGAAAGGAACCAGCCGUAUUAUAUGUACCCGUUCCUCCAUCUUUUGAACGACGGCACCCUUUUCAUUUUUGUUUCUAGGUCGGCAGAAAUUUUUGACGUUGAUAAUGGGAUUACAGUCAAAUCUUUGCCAGAUCUACCUGGUGACUAUCGAACCUACCCUAAUACAGGAGGAAGUGUGCUUUUGCCCCUCCAUAGCUCAAACAAGUGGGAGCCAAAAAUCAUGAUUUGUGGCGGCGGUGCGUUCCAAGACCUCCGCAGCCCUAGUGACCCGACGUGUGGGUUUAUCCGGCCUCUAUCCAAGCAUGCUAGGUGGGAAAUAGAAGCCAUGCCGGGCGGAAGAAUCAUGGGUGAAGGGAUACUACUACCUGACGGAACAGUCCUCUGGAUUAAUGGCUGCAGCACCGGUGCUCAGGGAUAUGGAGUAGCAGAGAGCCCUAUCCACGAACCAUGGAUUUACCGUCCCCAUGGGCCUCGGAGAAGUAGGUGGGCCGUUGGAGGCACUAGCAAAGUACCGCGAAUGUAUCACUCUGUGGCACUCUUGUUGCUUGACGGCACUGUGCUGGUUGCAGGGUCCAAUCCUGUCGAGCAACCUGUUCUAGUUGCGAACCCGACUGAUCCAAGAUAUGCGUUUCCCACCGAGUUUCGGGUCGAAAUCUAUACGCCUCACUACCUUAUGAAUGGCAAAGCAAACAAGAGGCCGCGGAAUGUCUUGAUUUCAACAAACUAUCUUGAGGCUGAUGGCAGUCGAUUCCGUAUUAGCUUCCAUAGCACUCAACGUGCCCGAAAAGUGAAAGUUGUGCUUUACCACGGAGGGUUCGUUACUCACAGCGUUCACAUGGGACAUAGGAUGAUCAUACUAGACCAUCAAGGAUGGAAGCCUCGGAGAAGGAGGCAAAAGCUCUCGGUUACGAUGCCACCGAACAAUAAUAUUGCGCCUCCAGGGCCUUAUGUGAUAUACGUAGUGGUCGAUGGCAUACCAAGCGAAGGACAGUUUGUUAUGGUGGAAUGA